AUGAAUGAAUGUGAGGACAGAGAGGAGGGACCCCCUCCCUCUAAAACCACUCUGUGGGGGGAACAUGAGAGCCAGACCAAAUCUCAGAGGUGAGAUGAGGAUCUCCAACUGUCCAUGACUCUUCUCCAUGACUCUUCUCCAUGUCAGAGCUCAGCACUCACAUCUCUCCACUAUCACUGUUAUUCACACUCAGACCUCUGUCUGUCUGUCUGUCUGUCUGUCAAAGACCUGAGCAGCAGUACAGACCAGACUCUCCUGGACCUGGACCCAGCUGUGUGUCCUUCAGGAGUGACUGGUCUAAGGGUGUAAUUAUUGAUUUCCAAGAUGGACAUCAGUCUGAUCAUCAAAAGUAAUAAUCUAUAACAGCAUCACUCAAACCUGGACGAUUUUCAGUGUUCUUGUUUCUUCAUCAGUGUUUGUUUUUCCAUCAGAGUCAAACAUGAGAGACCAGGCUCUCCUGGACCUGAGCCCAGCUGUCUGUCUUUAAAGAGUGACAGGUCUAUGAUUGAACCUUUUAAUUUCAAAGAAGGAGAGAUUUGUGAUGAGCAAAGGUGAGACUUUCAAACUGAACUUUCUUUGUUUUGUGUGAAAGUUUUCAUCCUAAUUGCAGUCAGUGUUUUCUCUGUGAAGAGGAGGAUUUUUCAGGAUUCACGUUUCUAUAAUAAUAAUAAUAAUAAACUAUACCUGUAUAGCACCUUUCUAGAACAGUUGUCACAGAGUGCUUCAUAGUCAUCAAAUUAAACAAAGGGUGAGACAAUAAGACAUAAAAAUCAACAAAAAGUACACAGGUAGUCACAAGUCCUUUGGUUUGUAGUCUGGUCCAGUUGACAGCCAGCAAACCCUGGUCAGAGGAUCUUAGAGUCCUGCUGGAGCUGUAAGGCUUCAGCAGGACUCUGAUAUACGCUGGAGCUUGUCCAUGCACAGCUCUGAACACAAGAACAAUUUAAAUUGGAAUUUGAAUUGAAUGGGUAGCCAGUGUAAAGACCUGAUGAUGGGUGUGAGGUGGGACCAUUUAGGUGAUCUUGUCAAGAGCUUAGCUGCAGCAUUUUGAGCCACUUGCAGGCGUUUCAAAGAGGAGGUAUUUAAUCAAGUAAACAAAGAAUUGCAAUAGUCCAGACAAGAUGAGACAAAGGCAUGAAGAUUCAUCUCAAGCUCAUUCCUAGAUACUAUGGGUCUGAGCUUAGAAAUAUUUCUCAGAUGAUAAAAAGAUGUGCGAACCAGACCAUUUACAUAUUGCUCCAGACUUUGGACAUGGCCCAUCUGAACACUCAGGUUUUGGAUGGAAGAAUAAGACAUCAAUACUUUUCCUUACAUUUGGCACAGCAUGCUUGGGUGCUGAGAUAAGAACCUCUGUUUUGUCAGAGUUUAACUGGAGAAAAUUAUCUGCCACUCAUGCUUUAAUACAGUUCACACAAUCAAUUAAUCAGGAUCCAACAGCAGUAAACAGGAUCUAAGCCUGCAAGAACUGGACUCUGCAUGUAUCUUUAUUUGUGUCCAGGAUCCACGAGAUAGACUCUAUCACAUGUAACCCUGUGUCUCCUUAUAUUAUAUCCACUACAUUAGAUUCUGUUGGUUCCACAGAAUUCAGCAGCAGAGAUCACAGGUUCCCAUUGGUCAGUCUGCCCAGCAGCAUCAAACACAGCUGGACUCCAUACUUAUGGUAGGUGUAAAUUUACAAACACAGCUCCUACUGAUCAUUAGAGCAGACACUCAGUAUAUUUGGAGGUUUCUCGAUUGUUUCCUGAUGACACUGCAAACAUCACCUAUGCCUGAGUUGUCGUCACACUCACAGUUUGACUAACUGAAUGAAGCCUUACAUUUAUGACCUGCACAGAGGUCAGAGGUCAUGGUGAAUGGUGGUCUCACAGACUCAGACUUGGGCAGCAGAGAGCAGAGUUCACAAACUGAGUCCAGUUUGAGGUUUAAAGAACAGAAAGAUUUUGGUUCAUGUCAAUGACAGCUGCUGCUUUCAGCUUCAUUCUAAUAAACACAUCACCUCUAAAGUCACUGCAGACUUUUUCUCUAUGAAAUCACACCAGGAGAUUUCUCCAAUAUGAAGUUCAGGUCAUAGAAACUGGAUCUGUAGAAGACAGGACCAUCCACAAAGUAAACCCUGAAGCAGCAUUGUGAUCCAGUCUCCACGCUGGACUAUGCAGACCAGCAGGCUUUCUGUCUGUUACAGAUGAUCUGAUGUUCAUUUCUACAAGUUCAAAUUCACAUUUUGUUCUGUUUCAGCUGCUCCAGGAGAACAUGAUCAGCUUUGUAAAGGAGCAGCUGAAGGAGAUCCAGAGAGUUCUGAGUCCAGAUGAGCCAGAAUGCUUAGAGAGUCCAAGGGAGGAUGAGGAUGAAGAGCAGAGGAGGAGCAGAGAGGCAUUUCUGAAGAUCACUCUGCACUUCCUGAGGAGAAUGAAGCAGGAGGAGCUGGCUGACAGUCUGCAGAGAAGUAAGAGGAUUUGAAGAGAUUGAACAUAAAGGAAAGAGGAAAUGGAGACAACAUGAAAGAGGUUUACAGUUCAGACUCUGCUGUUCAUGUGAUGCACACAUGUGUAUCACAUCUAUGAACUGAGAAAAAAUGAUCACAGCUAGUGAGCUAAAGAGAUUUCAGAGAGGAGGGAAAUCAAAUCCAUCCUGAUGUCUUCAAAUGUCAAUUCAUCAGACUGAUUGUAGCUUCAGAUGAUUCAUCACAUUUCUUUUUGUUCAUUCAGGAUCUGCUGCUGCAAAGUGCCGACACAAACUCAAGUCCAACCUGAAGGAGAAGUUCCAGUGUGUGUUUGAGGGGAUAGCUAAAGCAGGAAACCCAACCCUUCUAAACCAGAUCUACACAGACCUCUACAUCAUAGAGGGAGAGACUGGAGAGGUCAACGAUGAACAUGAGGUCAGACAGAUUGAAACAGCAUCCGGGAAAGCAGAGCGACCAGAAACCACCAUCAGAAAAGAAGACAUCUUUAAAGGCUCACCUGGAAGACAGGAAACAAUCAGAACAGUGAUGACAAAGGGAGUGGCUGGAAUUGGGAAAACCGUCUUAACACAGAAGUGGACUCUGGACUGGACUGAAGACAAAGCCAACCAGGACAUCCACUUCACAUUCCCAUUCACCUUCAGAGAGCUGAACAUACUGAAAGAGAAAAGGUUCAGCUUGGUGGGACUUGUUCAUCACUUCUUCCCUCAAACCAAAGAAGCAGGAAUCUGCAGCUUUCAAGACUUCCAGGUUGUGUUCAUCUUUGACGGUCUGGAUGAGUGUCGACUUCCUCUGGACUUCCACAACAAUCAGGUCCUGACUGAUGUUACAGAGUCCAGCUCAGUGGAUGUGCUGCUGACAAACCUCAUCAGGGGGAACCUGCUACCCUCUGCUCGCCUCUGGAUAACCACAAGACCUGCGGCAGCCAAUCAGAUCCCUCCUGAGUGUGUUGACAUGGUGACAGAGGUCAGGGGGUUCACUGACCCGCAGAAGGAUGACUACUUCAGGAAGAGAUUCAGAGCUAAAGAGCGGGCCAGCAGAAUCAUCUCCCACAUCAAGACAUCCAGAAGUCUCCACAUCAUGUGCCACAUCCCGGUCUUCUGCUGGAUCUCUGCUACAGUUCUGGAGGAUCUGCUGAAGACCAGAGAGGGAGGAGAGCUGCCCAAGACGCUGACUCAGAUGUACAUCCACUUCCUGGUGGUUCAGUCUAAACUGAAGAACAUCAAGUAUGAUGGAGGAGCUGAGACUGAUCCACACUGGAGUCCAGAGAGCAGGAAGAUGAUCGAGUCUCUGGGAAAACUGGCUUUUGAGCAGCUGCAGAAAGGAAACCUGAUCUUCUAUGAAUCAGACCUGACUCAAUGUGGCAUGGAUAUCAGAGCAGCCUCAAUGUACUCAGGAGUGUUCACACAGAUCUUUAGAGAGGAGAGAGGACUGUACCAGGACAAGGUGUUCUGCUUUAUCCAUCUGAGUGUUCAGGAGUUUCUGGCUGCUCUUCAUGUCCACCUGACUUUUACCAACUCUGGAGUCAACCUGAUGGAAGAAGAACAACAAACAAUAUUUUCAAUAUUUAAACUCUUCAUUGUCAAACCAAAACUGAUCAAUGUCCAUCAGAGUGCUGUAGACCAGUCCUUACACAGUCUGAAUGGACACCUGGAUUUAUUUCUACGUUUCCUACUAGGUCUUUCUCUGCAAACCAAUCAGAAUCUCCUGAGAGGUCUGUUGACACAUACAGGAAGUACCUCACAGACCAAUCAAGAUACAGCUGAGUACAUCAAGAAGAAGAUCAGUGAGGAUCUAUCUGCAGAGAAAAGCAUCAAUCUUUUCCACUGUCUGAAUGAACUGAAUGAUCGCUCUCUAGUGGAGGAGAUCCAACAGUCCCUGAGAUCAGGACGUCUCUCCACAAAGAAACUGUCCCCUGCUCAGUGGUCAGCUCUGGUCUUCAUCUUACUAACAUCAGAAAAAGAUCUUGACGUGUUUGACCUGAAGAAAUACUCUGCUUCAGAGGAGGGUCUUCUGAGGCUGCUGCCAGUGGUCAAAGCCUCCAACAAAGCUCUGUAGGUGGACACAUGAGACAUUCAAACACUAUUGUUCAUGAGAGAUGAAACAUUGUCUCUGUGCUAAUCACUGAAUUUUCUUCAGGUUGAGUGGAUGUAACCUGUCAGAGAGAAGCUGUGAAGCUCUGUCCUCAGUCCUGAGCUCCCAGUCCUCCAGUCUGAAAGAACUGGACCUGAGUGACAAUGACCUGCAGGAUUCAGGAGUGAAGCUGCUGUCUGAUGGACUGAAGAGUCCUCACUGUAAACUAGAAACUCUCAGGUCAGGUCUUCUGCUGAUUGAGUUUUGUAGUUGUUUGAAUGAAAUUGUCUAAGGUUGGUACACUUUUCCUUGUUUCAUAUAUUUUUUAUGACUCCAGAUUAUCAGGCUGUCUGAUCACAGAAGAAGGUUGUGCUUCUCUGGCCUCAGCUCUGAGCUCCAACCCCUCACAGCUGAGAGAACUGGACCUGAGCUACAAUCAUCCAGGAGACUCAGGAGUAAAACUACUUUCUGCUGGACUGGAGGAUCCUCUAUGGAGACUGGAUACACUAAGGUAUAACCAGACAGUUACUGGGUCACAGACAACUACAAAUAUAUUUGGGUCCUGAUCUUCAGCUGCAGCUUCCUGAGAGGAGACUUUCAAGAGUUCUGAUUGUUUUAUCCAACUUAUACUUAUACUAUAUGGCUAGUAAAGGAGUCAAAUCAAAUAUUCACUCACUAUGAUUAAUGUUAAAGAAUGCUUGGUUAAUAAUAAAUGAUUUGAUGCUAAACACAUAUAUAAUGAAUUGUACAAUCACAUUAACAAACAUUCUCAUUAUGCUUUGAGUAUCACUUUUCAAAGAACAUUGAUCAUGUUAAAUUACUCUGAAAUGAGACAGAUAGUAACACAUAGAAAUUGUGAAUAACACAAGGGUAAACACAUGUAAAUGAACUUCAUAACAGUCAAUAAUGGAUUCUACAAACCAACAUUCAGAAUAUUAACUAACAGUAUAACUAACUAAUGGUUAACAAAGCUAAACAAAUGAUUAAGAGAUAAACUAAAUAUUCCUACUAGAAUAGGGUUGUAAUUCAAACAAAAUAACUUCAGCUUUUUAAGUACAUGAAACAGUUUGGAAAGCUGUUGAUCUGAAGGAACUUUAGGACUGAAGGAUUUAUUCUGUCAGUGUGAGAUCUUGGCUUAUGAGUAUGAUAGGCAGAUGGGACAAAGGGCUCUAUUUUCGUAUACGCCGGGGACGCGGCGGACCCAAGCAGGGCGUGGUGGCGAGGCAGGGGGAGGUGUCGACAGAAUCAGCUGGCGCAGUGACAUUUUCAUGCUCGCCACCAGCGUAUAAAGUGUGCUGAAAGCUCACCGAUUCAAACCUGGUCAGCUUUCAGCGCAGGUGGAGCGCAGCUGGUCUAGUGGUAUUUUGGUAGACCGGCAACGUAUCAGCAUACAUCACCAAUGCCUUACCGGCAGGUUUCCAAAGUUUCAGGCACAUUUCAGUGCAAUAAAUAAUCAACAACAACUAAUAAUCUGAGUCAGCACAUACAUUUAGAUCUAUAUUGAUAUAUUCUGACCUAUAUCUGAUCUGAUGAGCGCGUUUGGCACGUGUUUGGACACACAACCUGACCGAAUCAACACAGCUGAAACCACAUAAAAUUAAAUAAAAUAUCUAGUAAAUAGACACACAUGAUGAAGUUAACAAGAUAUGUAAUUUGUCUCUUUCCUUUUCUUUCUUCCUCUUCCUCUUGUUUCUUGCGCAGCUCGACCUGAACAUGUCUCCGUGUCCUCUCUCCGUCCUGCUGCAGCUGCGGCUAAACAGAUUAUUUAUUUCAGUGAUCAGAUGAGUUAUUUACUUUAAGCCUACAUACCAAUAUUAUAAUAUUCAGUUUUGUGAGUCAAAUUUAUUUUAUAUGCCAACAUCUAUGAAAGAAAGAGCCAGGCCAUGGAGCGCGAUGCGUCAUUUACGCACAGAUGGUUCAGAUUUUUUUGGGGAGUUUAUGUUGUGAUCUGUGUGCACAAACCACCUUUGUCACGUGAGGUUUGAAUAAAUGCAACUUUAUGUGAGUGUCUUUAUUUGUGGAAAGGGUGUUUGUCUUACCAGUGGGUCCAGCAUUACACACACCAAAUCCGUCUGUGCUCAGAUGAGAGAGUUUGGAGGACACCAAAUGCAGCGCUUACAGUGACACUUGUUGAGGGGCUGCCUUCUGUCGCCAUCUUGUGGCAUUACUGUCUUCAGACAUCUCUUGAUCUCUUUGACUACUUCACGAAAAUAGUAAUAUGCCUCGCCAGUGGCGGAUUUAAAGGCAAGGAGAGGAGCUUAUGUGAUUGGUGAAAACAGGUCUCAACUGUGUUAAACCCACUCCACGCCCUCUCUCCUCCCUCGCUACGACUUACUCCACUGGGAGGAGCUGAGUUAGGGAGGGGGGAUACUUACGCUAGGCUGUGCCGCUCACCAAAAUACCAAAUUGUGCUUGAGAACGCCUUUUCAGCUUACGCCGACACUCACUUACGCCACUCCUGCGGCACGUCUCCAGCGAGACACGAAAAUAGAGCCCUUGGUGUUACAGGUUUACACCAUCUCGUCUCUGGUGACCAGAUGUAAGCCUUACAUUCUUUUGGGGGGUUGGGAUGAGAAAGUGGUCGUCUCUGCUACACAAUAAAAAAAGUUAUAGUACUAUUAAAACAGGAAUUCAUAUUUCCAAUUUCAUGAGUUCAUCCAUGAACAAAUAGAGGAAUUAUAAAAAGAUUCAAAAGUUUAUUCUUUAAAAACACAUGAAUGCAUUCCUCAAUAAACAGCUGAAAAAUCAGUUUGAAAAUGCAGUUUUAAAAGCGAGAAUACAGAAUUGAAUUGACUGUCUGAAGUAAAUAUACAGCUUUUAAUCAGCCAUUUAAAGGACAAUUCCUCUUUUCAUUUCCAUUUCCUGGCUGCUUUUUUUCCCCAUUAGCUAAUUGAUUAAAAAGUCUUUUAUCUUUCAGUUCCCCCUCUCCAUUUUUCUUUUCCUCACACUUUGGACCUUGAGCUGGUAAAUCAGGUGAAACAUUGCAAAUAAGCCAUGAAACAAGCUCUCUAAUUGGUUAUAACCUGGCUUAUUACAUGCAGAUGUCUGCAGGGAGGUGAAGAUGAUGGAAGAUGAGGAAGAAUAGACCUUAUCCAGUGUUCCAGGUGGAAAGAGGUCCAAACUUGGAUAUUCUGACUCUGUGGUCAUUUCACAGCUCCCUGAUUGAGGAACAGACACACAGAAUAAGAACAGAGAUGAUCAAGAGAGAGAUCAUAUUUUAACUUUUAAACACAUUUGACAGUCCUUUAGCCCACGUCAGAACACAGAGAAGAUGCUUUAUUACACCGGAUAUUACAAGAUGAAGGUUCACAUCCAGUUUAAUAAUCAGAGCAGAACAACUUUCAAAUCUCCUCCAGAUCCUUUCAGUGGAGCUCUAAUGCUUUACUGGCAAAGCUACGUUCAGUAAGAGCAGCAGCAGACCUGUCAGUCAUGAUCAGGUAAGCUGAGAGGCUGUUUGAGGAGAUGCACCAACUUUGCUUCACUUUCUGUCCAUCCCAAACUGCAGGAAAUCCACCUGCUGUUCCAGCUGUGAUACUUCUACUCCCUCUGCUCUAGCUGAAUCUGAAUGAUCCAAGAAGAGGCUCACAUACUCACAUGAGUUCAUCUGAGAGCUUUCAUUUCAUCUUCAUUUAUAUCUAGAAGAAGAGAGCCCAAUACUUUAUCUCUCUAUCUGCAGACAAGGUUUCAAGUCUAUUUAGAGGGAGCUUUUUAGACCAAAGUGUGGACAGCUGCCCUAAAAGAAGAAAUGAAUGUCUUUUUCCAAAGGGUCCAAAUCAAAUCUCCAUGUUGUGGGACAGACCAACAGCCAGCCUUUGCUGUUUCAAUCUUGUUGUUGUUAUUCCUUUUCUGGGAGUUUCUGUCAGAAAGACUCAGAAAAAGUGUCACAGGGACAAACCGAGGAACUCUGCUUCAUGUUGGACAGCUGGGACGACUCAUGUUGGGCACUCAAUCAUUCUGACUGUGUUUGUUCCUCCAGGGUGGACCAUGGUGGAGAGCAGAGGUUAAAACCUGGUGUGAAGAAGUGUAAGUGUGAAAUCAGUUUGACUCCUGAUGACCAAACAGCAGACUGUCAGCUAACAAAGAAGAAGAAAGCCUUCAGGUGUGUCUGAUGAUAACUUGCUGCUGUGUUGUGUCUUUUUCUCUCUGUCAGAUUUCUGUGAACUCAAACUGGACUCAAAGACAGUAAACAGAUUCCUCAGACUGUCUGAAAACAACAGGAAGGUGACAAGUGUGAAAGAGGAUCAGUCAUAUCCUGAUCAUCCGAAGAGAUUUGACUUUUAUCCUCAGCUUCUGUGUAGAGAUGUUCUGACUGGACGCUGUUACUGGGAGGUGGAGUGGACAGGAAAGAUUCAUAUAUCAGUGAGUUACAGAGGAAUCAGAAGGAAAGGAGACAGUGUUAACUGUCUGUUUGGAUGUAAUGAUCAGUCCUGGAGUCUGCGCUGCUCUGAUUAUCGUUACUAUGUCCAUCACAAUGAAAUUAGAACAGACCUCCGUCUCCCUUGGUCUUCUGUCUCUCACAGAGUAGCAGUGUAUGUGGACUGUCAUGCUGGCACUCUGUCCUUCUACAGCGUCUCCUCUGACACACUGAUCCACCUCCACACCUUCAACACCACCUUCACUCAACCUCUCUAUCCUGGGUUUGCACUCAAGUCUCUUGGUUCCUCAGUGUGUUUGUGUUCUGUGUAGGAGGGAGAGUCUCGUCCUCUCUACACAAACACCACAAACACAAACAGCAGCUGAAGAACAAUUGACCCUCUGCACAAACACAAACUUCAGCUGAUUAUUUGACUGUUUGUAUCCUGUCACAUCAGUCUGUGGGCUCUAUUUUCGUGUACGCUGGUGAGGCAGCGGAGGGUGGCGGACCCCGCGCAGUUGUAUUUUUGUCCGGCUGAGCCCGGCAUACAGCCGGUUUGGUAUUUUCGUGGACUGAGGCGCACCAAGGUCUGCCAAGCUGGGCGUGGUGGCGUGGCAGAGGAAGGUGUCGACAGAAUCAGCUGGCGCAGUGACAUUUUCGUGCUCGCCACCAGUGUAUAAAGUGCGCUGAAAGCUCUCUGAUUCAAACCUGGUCAGCUUGCAGCGCAGGCAGUGCGCAGCUGGUCUGGUGGUAUUUUGGUAGACGGGCGGCUAUCGGCAUACGUCACCGAUGCCUCACCGGCAGGUUUCCACAGUGUCAGGCACAUUUCAGUGCAAUAAAUAAUCAUCAACAACCAAUAAUCUGAGUCAGCACAUACAUUUAGAUCUAUAUAAAUAUAUUCUGAUCUAUAUCUGAUCUGAUGAGCGCGUUUGGCACGCGUUUGGACACACAACCUGACCGAAUCAACACAGCUGAAACGGCAUUAAAUUAAAUAAAAUAUCUAGUAAAUAGACACACAUGAUGAAGUGAAAAAGAUUGGUAAUUUGUCUCCCUCAGAGACAAAAGCAUGAGUGACAAUCUCCAGGACUGCACAGUAUUGUUGACAUGCUGGUUCAGACUGAGGUUUUUCUUUAAAAGUCAUGUCUAACAUUUUGUGACAGAGAGUCCAGAUGAGUCAUCAUUCCUGCUGAGCCUGGACUAAAAAUCAUUACCUCGGUUUGAUCCAAAUUUAGCUGCAGGAAACUCUGAGACAUCCAUCAUUUUAUGCCUUUGAUACAGUUAUUUAAUGUGUUGAAAUGGUGAAAAUCAAUGGGAAUAAAAGACAGGUGCAGCUGGGUAUCAUCCGCAUAUGAGUGGAAACUAAGAUGGAUGACAUGACCAAGGGGUAACAAGAGAAGUGGUCUAAGGACCGAUCCCUGAGGAACCCCACAGGUCAGCUUUUUUUAAAUCAGUAGGACCAUUACCAGUUAUUAUCCAUGAGUUUACCAUGGAGAGGAGAUGUGAACUGAUUGGCUCAUAACCCUCUUUUAGAAAUCUCACUGCAGGACGUCAGGAGCACAGGAGGAGGGUUUCAUUUUAUGAAUCACUUUAGUGAGGGUAAAUAUUGAAACACAGUUAAAAGACUGAAAGACAGCUGUAGUUUGAAGAGAAACAGUUUGGUUUGGAGGAGGAGGAGUUUCAUCUUUGUUAAGUUUCCUUUAUUUUGGCACAUUCAUGUUUCAUGUCUUGUCCUUCCUGAUUUAUUUUGAAGUCAUUAACCCUUGUCCUUGUUUCAGAAAUGUUCCUGUCUGCCCCACCCCUGUCUUGUCGCACCUGCGUCCUGAUUGCGUCUCCCCACCGGUUUCCCAUCACCCUCAUUACCUCUUGUAUUUAACCUCAUGUCUCUCACUGUCUUUUUGCAAGUUCGUUGUACCUCACAGUCUUCGUCUCAGCAGUCUGUCACACCCACAGUCUUAGGCCUUCUACACACGUAGCUGGGUAUUUUUAUUGUAGUGCUUUCUUCAUAUCAACUAUCCUCAGAUACAGAGCCCUGGGUUUAUAAAUAAAACUUCUCAAGGAAGUUAUAGCAUGAAAUGUAUUUUAAAAGAUUUUAUUGUCACACACCUACCUUUACAUCAUCGUCUGUGACACACAUGAACGUAACAGAUAAGUGCUUAGCUGUAUGAUUUUUACCUCAAUAAACGUCUUAAUCACUAAUGGUUAAACUUUUCUUAUGUACUAAAGUCAUAAAGAGAAAAUCUACAUUUUAAGUUUUUAUUAAGAAAAAGCAAAAUAAAAAUUGACAACACCUUCUUCAUCUGCUUGUCCACUUUAUUCCGCCAUAUCAAUACUGCAGGUAAGAGUCAAUCCCUUAUGAGGCAGCUUAUCAAUUUAAACUUCAGGAUAAUUCACACAACAGGUAUUUGUUACUCCUAAAUGUGGGCCCACAAAACAAACACACAAAAAGCCGGCAAAUAAAAUUCAAAUGAAAGUAUAAUCCUCCCUUGCAGGCCUGUUAGAGCUGCUUACUGGCUUUAUUAAGAAGACGAAAAACACCUCGACUCCACGGUCCAACCAACUUCAUCCGUCGCCUCGUCCUGCAUGCUGCUCAGUUCACUUCACCCUCUCGUCUCAGCAGCGGGAAGAAAACCAGCACCAAACGUCCACAGCAUCAGAAGAAACACAGCCAGUGA